AUGGCAACCUCACAGGGCGACAGCGAGUACCGCCAGUACCUGCCGGACCUGAGCAUCCCGCGCUUCACGACCAUGGCGAAACAGGACGCGCACGUCUACGCCGCGGCGUUCAAGGAGUCUGGGAUCCCGCCCUGGCUGCACGCGCUGUACCUGCACUGGCGGGAGCUGCUCCAGGAGCCGUUCAAGGGCGUGACCCACGACGGGGCCGUGCGGCCGGGCCUGUUCAAGGUCCAGGACGAAGGCGUGCCCAUCGCGCGCAUCGUGGCGGCGGCGCAGGCGCUGCUCGGCCAGCUGACGCCCGCCCAGCUCGGCAAGCUGUCCCACCACAUCGACUCGCCCGAGUGGCGCACCUGGUCGAACCCGGAGUUCCUGCUCAGCGACAAGGGCGUCCGGCUGGACGAGCUCGCGCCGGCCGUGCGGGACGGCGUGAUGGGCGUGCUGCGCGCCGCGCUGUCGCCCGAGGGCUACGACAAGGCCGUGGCGGCGAUGCGCAUCAACGGCUUCCUGGGCGAGCUGGUGCAGGGCACCGCCGUGAUGAACGAGUACUCGUACAACUUUGUGCUGUUUGGGCAGCCGUCCACCACCGCGCCCUGGGGGUUCAGCUUCUACGGCCACCACCUGUGCCUGAACGUCUUCCUGUACCGCACGCAGAUGGUCGCCUCGCCGUGGUUCACGGGCGCCGAGCCCAACCUCAUCGACGACGGGCCGUACAAGGGCACGCGGAUCCUGCACGAGGAAGAGCGGCUCGGCCUGCGCCUGAUGCAGUCCCUGCCGCCCGCCCAGCAGCGCGCGGCCCAGAUCUACACCCAGAUGAAGGACCCGGCCAUGCCCGAGGGCCGGUGGAACCACGACGACCAGCGCCACCUGUGCGGCGCGUACCGGGACAACCGCGUCGUCCCCUACGAGGGCGUCCUGGUGUCCGCGCUCACGCCGGACCAGCAGGGCCUCGUCGACCAGAUCCUCGAGCAGUACCUCCUGUACCUCCCGCAGCCCGCGCGCUCCAUCCGCCUGGACCAGUGCCGGGCCUUCUACCCCGAGACGCACUUCUGCUGGAUCGGCGGCUUCGCCGACGCGGACCCGUUCUACUUCCGCAUCCAGAGCCCCGUGGUGCUGGUCGAGUUCGACCACCACAGCGGCGUCUUCUUGAACAACAAGGACCCUGCCAAGUUCCACAUCCACACCUUGCUGAGGACCCCGAACGGGGGGGACUACGGGUACGCGUUGAGGCCCCUGUGCGAGCCGAGCGUCAAGCAGGAGUUUGUGUGGACGGGAGACAGGGACUAGCACGGAGGACGGACCGAUCGAGAGGUAGACGUUAGAUGACAGUUUGGAGCACGAGCAGCGACGAGGGACGAUCAAAAUCUAGGUACGCAUCUCAGUGGCUAGGGAGAGUUGUACACAUGAUACGGAAGGCGAGAAAAAGAGCUGGGCAUUGGCUGCUCAGGAAAUAAAAUAGCCAUGGUAAUAGUUAUCUUGCACUGUCUUGCA